UGUCUUUCCCUUAGUUGGAACGACUUUUCUGGUACAAUAUCACCAUGUAUCUCAUCAUAAAUAGUCUUACAUUUUAACACAUUAUAAAUAGUUUUUCAUUUAUCUCAAUUCUAGUAUUCUACCCAUCAAAGUAAAAGAAACAAAAAUAACAAAAUGCGAAUUCUUGUUUUCUUCUCAUUUAUUCACUGUUUGAAUAUUAGCUUCAUCAAUGGCGGAAUAUUAUCAGAACAAGAAGCAUUAUUAGCUAUUAAAUCUGCGAUUAAAGAUGAUCCUCAUAAAAGUCUAUCAUCUUGGAAAAACACUACUCACCAUUGCAAUUGGUCGUUCGUCACUUGCUCUUCGUCUUCUCACUCUCCCACUGUCAUUUCCCUAGACUUCUCCAACUUAAAACUCAAUGGUACUCUCUCUCCUCAAAUCGGUUUUCUUACAAACCUGCAAAACCUAUCUCUCCUUUUUAACGAUUUUUAUGGGAAUGUCCCGUCUUCUCUUCAUCUCCUUACAAAAAUCCAAUAUCUCAACCUACAAUUUAACCAAUUUAGUGGCCGACUCCCUUUAUUUGUUAAUAUGUCGGAGCUUCGGUGCCUUUCCCUUGGUGGGAACCACUUUUCUGGUUCAAUAUCGCCAGAGUUUAGUAAACUUCAAAAGCUUCAAGUUUUGGAUCUUUCUGGCAACAUUCUUUCUGGAUUACUUCCUCGUGAAUUAGGAUUCUUAAAGAGGUUGAAAACUUUAGAUUUAUCAAAUAACUUUUUAGAUGGUGAGAUACCAAAUUCUUUUUCUCUUCUUAAUAAUUUGAGUGAUUUGGAUUUAUCACAGAAUACAUUAGAUAGUGAGAUACCAAAUUCUUUUUCUCUUCUUACAAAUUUGAUUUAUUUGAAUUUAUCAUAUAACUUUUUACAUGGUAAGAUACCAAAUUCUUUUUCUCUUCUUACAAAUUUGAGUUAUUUGGCUUUAUCAGUUAAUCAAUUACAUUGUUUCAUACCAGAGUUUAUUGGAGAUUUAUCUAAGUUAAAAGAACUUCGUAUUUGGGGAAAUAACUUUACAGGAAGUAUUCCACAUAAGUUAGGGACGAAUGGGUUAUUGACAUACCUAGAUGUUUCUUCAAAUAAUCUUAGUGGUCCAAUCCCUGAGAGUUUAGGGAGUUGUAAGUUACUAUAUUUUCUAAAUAUGACAAAUAAUCAACUCACGGGUCAGUUACCUAUCAACAUUGGAAAGCUUACGCGUCUUAAUUAUUUGUUGGUUGCCAACAAUAACUUGAUUGGAAAAAUUACACCACAGAUUACAGUUUUCCAUUGCAUACAUUGA